GUUGACCGAGCUUCCGAGUUCACGACGCCGGCGACAAUAAACCGCAUUCCGGCUCACAUCUCCGCCUCUUUUUAAGUGGAAACGACGAGGUUUUAACCAAUAGCCGCCCAAGAUCAGUGGGCGGCGACAAGAAGACUUGAUGUAUUCGUGUUGCUUCCGUAGAUGAGCACGUAUCCUAACCAGAAACUUCGGUGUCUUUUGCCCGCCAACUAUGGAAGAGAAUCGGUGCGAGGUGCGGAAGAAACCCGUGCGAGUCAUAGCCGCGGUGAGCAAAGACGGAGGCAUCGGGAAAGAUGGCAAACUACCCUGGAAUCUACCGCGUGAAUUCCAGUUCUUCAUGAACACCGUCACGCAGGUGUCAAAACCAGGCAAGACCAACAUGCUGGUGUGGGGCAGACUGUGCUGGUACUCCCGCCCUCAAACUUUGUACCCAAUGGCGAACGUCGUUCAUGUGGUGCUGAGUGAAACCCUCAAGACAAUUCCAGAUCACGCACACUUCCUGUGUCGGGACCUGGAGAGCGCUGUCCUUUUGGCGGCACGGCACCCACUUGCAGACGCCCUAGAGACCAUUUGGAUUGUCGGAGGCAGUCGGGUGUACAAGGAUGCACUGGAGCAUCGGUGGUGUGAUCUGGUUUACCUGACGGACGUCAUGGCUACUUUUGACUGUGACGUCUUCUUCCCAAAGUUGGAUGAAGAAGUCUUCAAGAAGCAGGAGAGAUUUGCUGGCGUGCCGAUGGGAAUCCAUGAAGAAAAUGGCAUCAAGUAUGAAUUCCAAGUAUUCAAGAAAGAAGAUACACGUUGAAGAAAUGAAGACAAUGCCUUCCGCCCGAUUGUAGCUGAGAUAGGCGCCAGCGCCCCCCGCGACCCCAAAAGGGAAUGAGCGGUAGGAAAUGGAUGGAUGGAUGUUUGAAGUGAGGCCAUUUUAUUGUCAAAAGUACAUCUUACUGUCAUACUGCCUUCCAGUUUACAUUCCAAAUGCUCAUUUUGAUAAGUUCUCAAAACAAAUGACAGUGUGCACAGUAUUUAUACAUUAGUGAAUUGAUUUUGUUCAUACUAUAUAGAGUUUGAGUUCAUUUCGAACAUGCAAACAUACAACAUGAUACAUCACAAUUUCCAGUUUCCCUUUCCAACAUGUUCGAAAAGGAGUAGGAAGAAGCAGAGCUUAUUUAAUCCGACCCCUUUUCUUUUACAUACGUUUCUAAAACUUUUGUUUACUUUCUGUUCUCAAUUUAUUCACAAUAUGCUCCAUAAGUCAUCACAAUAAAAAAAAAAACAAUAAUACUUGAAGUAAGUUACAUUUUAUAUGGUGAGAUGAGUAAGAGUGGUGCUGGAAUUAAAACUGAUAAGCUGAGGAGAGGUUUUUAAAAGGUUGUUUAUGGUCAUAUUUGCACACAAAAAAUCUACAAUUUGUUGUAUUUUCUAUGUAAAAAAAAAAAUGAAUAUGUGUAAUUUACAGAAUUUAAUAGCAACAUUUUAUUUUGACGUAAACAAAAAUAUUGUAAUCAAGUGAUUACAUACAGUAAAUAAAUCAACGUAUAUACUCUGA